UAACAGACACAGAAAGGAGCGCCGUCGAACAGCCAAACAUAAGAGCUUCUCCAGGAAGAGUGGAACCUACUUUGGGUUCAGAAUGUCGCUCCUGGCUGUUUUGGUCCUUUUGGGGACUUUAAUGACAGUGAACAGCGAAAAGCACUCCCUCACCUACAUCUACACGGCCUUCUCCAAACCUGUGGAUCUGCCAGGGCUCCAUGAGUUCACUGCCAUGGGUUUACUGGACAACCGGAUGAUUGACUACUAUGACAGUGACAACCAAAAAAAAGUUCCUAAAGAGGACUGGAUGGAAAAAUAUCUUGAACCAGAGUACUGGGAGAAAGGCACCCAGUCCAGAAAGAGCAAACAGCAAUGGUUCAAGGUCAACAUCGACAUAUUGAUGAAACGAAUGAGACAGAAUGACACAGACACUCAUAUUCUUCAGUGGAUGCACGGCUGUGAGGGUGAAACUCAACCUGAUGGGAAAAUGAAGUUUGUCCGUGGGAUGGACAUGUACAACUAUGACGGAAGCGACUUUCUGUCCUUUGACGAUGACAGACAGGUUUGGGUUGCUCCCAUUCAUGCAGCAGAAGAAACCAAGAGGAAGUGGGAUGAGGUCCAGGUGCUGAAGGAAUACACCAAGGGCUACCUGGAGAAGGAGUGCAUGGAAUGGAUGACCAAGUUUAGAGACUUUGGGAGAGAACAGCUUUCAAAAGCCGCUCCACCUGAAGUCCACUUCUUCUCACGAAAGGCCAACAUUGAACAAAACAUCAUCUUGACGUGUAUGGCUACAGGCUUCUAUCCUCCUGAAAUUAUCCUAGAGAUCAAAAGAGAAGGACGUGUCCUGACUAAAGAUGAUGGGUUGAUGACCUCUGGAGUUCGGCCAAAUCAUGACAAUACCUUCCAGAGAAGAGAUCAUGUAGAGAUUUUGAAGUCUGAUGUUUCUGCCUACACCUGUGAAGUCCAUCAUCUUGCCUCUAAAAUACACAUUGUAAAGAUAUGGGAAAACCAUUUUGUAGAAAACAAAGGAAAUAUGGAGCUCAUCAUCGGUGCUUCUGUUUCUCUCGGGAUUGUGGUCGUGGCCGUUGCUGUGACACUUGUUGUCCUUAAGCUGAAGACAAACCGACUUGAUUGUGAUGAAGAAAAUUCUCCUCAUUCAAGCUUAGAUUCUUUGGCCACCUCUGGAUCUGAUGAAAAAGCCAAAGAUGUAAAAUCAGCUGAGAAAGCUAAUCUGCUGCAAAAUGAACCAGUCCAUGACAUAAAGAAACCUGAUGAGAACAAGCCCCUUCUUGAUGCUGAUCAACCAGUCACCGAUAUAAAAACACCAGAUGAGAAUCAUAAACUUCUCAAUGGUGAUUCAUCCUCCAAUCCAAGUCUGGAUUCUGCGAUCACCUCUGGUUCAGAUUCCACAGACUCCUCUGGAGCAGAUCAAAAAGUCACCGAUAUAAAUACACCAGAUGAGAAUCAUAAACUUCUCAAUGGUGAUUCAUCCUCCAAUCCAAGUCUGGAUUCUGCGAUCACCUCUGGUUCAGAUUCCACAGACUCCUCUGGAACAGGACGAUCACUUCCAUCCCAAGAUUCUGGUGCUCAGUUGGGCUGAUCUACUACCAGCAGAGAAAGCGAGUGACUCAAGUCUGAGUAAAUUAGCUAUCUUCAUCACUUGGAAGCAGAUUUACCUGAUUGCAUAAAACAAUUAUCACAAGAUUUGUACCCGAUAGUCCCAAUUCAAAAGACAAAAAUUUUUUUAAACUUGUUGAAAUGGAGACAAGUUGUUUUUUACUUUUUUUCAAAAUAAAUCUGAAAUAAGUCUUGUUUCCCAGUGGAUCUAUGAAAUAUGUAGAAAGGUUUUCUUUACAUUCUUCAUAAAAGCAGUAAAUGUGUAUUUGGAAAACUCAGAGAAAGCUUUGAACACACAAGUCAUCCAGCGAUUUGUAAAGAUACCGAUACCUAAUUAGAAAUGGAAGAAUUGGACAGGUGAAUAUAUUUACAUUUUUGUCUGAUCAAUUGGACAUCUUCAUAAUAUUAGCAAGUGGUGGGAUGAAGGUUUUCCACUUUUAUGUAUUAAUAUAAGAUUUCUUCUUUUCCACCUAUCAAAUUUACUAAAACUAUUGAACAAAAGAUUGCAAUUAUUUAAAACAAAUUCUAGAAAUCAAAAAUAGCCUGAAAGACUUCAUUUGUUGUAUACUUCUAAUAAACGAAACUCACGAUGUGAACAUAUUUUAGAUUAGCCAAGUAAUAUGUAGUAGUAUGCAGAUUUACAAUACAUAUGCUAUUUGCACUCAACUGUGUAUUAAGGGACUUUAGUUCUUUUCAAAAUUAUUUGGAUCUUUACAAUGUUGAAACAAGUUAUUUUUCACAGAUGUAUUCUUUUGAACACCUGCUUUAAUGAGUUGAUUAUUUUCUUAAUUUUUCUAACUUUUUAUGGUCUCCAAUGUUAAUGGAAUACAAGAUUGCUUGAUUAAAAGAUUUUGGUUUAGUUUUGUGGGACUUUGUUGGGCUUUCUUUCUUUUUAUUUGCCUUGCUUUAAAGUUGUAUAAUAAAUGAUACAUUUUUUCUAAUGUAAUUUGCUCUUGUGGUACAAAGAUUACCAAGCAUAUUUUAUUGCUGAAUGGUAAGAUUGUGAGUAAAAUGUUAACAAGCACAUUCUUUCAAACAAUUAAAUCAUGGAACAAAAUGUUUACAAAUUUUACCAUAUGACCUAUAUAUUCAUGUCUUUACAUGUUUUUUGUUCACUUUUGUGAGAGAACUUUUUCAAAAGAUUAAGACUUAACCCUAAACUGUACUGAAUACUGAAACCUCUGUUUUUGUUUCUCAUUGAAUAAAUCAAAUGAUUAAGA